CGUUCGAUUGAAAUAAAUGAAACUUUUUUAUUUAAUCAAAGUAAAAACUAACUUGAUCUGCGUCAAUUCUAUUUUUUUUUUUGGCUACAGACUUAAAUGAAAGAACAUUUUUUUUAUAUGCUUCUAGUGAAGCGUGCAUAGUUUUUUUUAAUGAAACCUAACAUCCACUCGAGCCCAAGUGUUCUACGGAAGGAUGACUUAAAUAUUUAGUGUAUCUAAUUGUUUCUUGUUAGAAACUGUCUUACGUUUCUGUUACUUUUAAGUAAAAAAGUAGUGCCUAGGUUUGUUAUUUUCCAAAUUUAUAUUGUGAAAGGCUCCCUUGUUAAAAAGCUUUUUUAAUUUGGAAAUCAUGAAAACAACCCCCUAUACAUUGCUGCAGGGCACGAAAAUGUCGUUACCCAACACUAUGUCCAAAGAGUGUCAAGAGAAAAAAAAUCAAAAAGGAGUGAACGGAGAGUCUGGGUGUACGAGUUUGAGAGUUAUUUGUAAUCAAAAUAAUGAGUAUUUUUCUGAUACAGGAAACAGAGAUGGACGUCGGUUAUUUCGUAACAUAAGAAAAAGAGCAGAUAUAAAAAAAGGUGUUUUAGAUCGUUUGGCUGAAAUAAAAACACAGGGAACAGUCUGGGCUUGCUGCUGCUCGCAUGAAUAUGUCUUCGAUGAUCUUCAAGCAGCGUAUCACGAGGGAUAUUUUGAUCCCUCCAUUUUAACGUUAGUAACAGCAUAUAGUGAAGUCCUAUAUUGCAAAGCGUUUGAGAAGCAUACAUUAUUUUUGUUCAAGUUUGGUUGUGUAGUGGCCUGGAAUUUAACUCUUGAAAAUCGUGUGAAAGUUUUAAAUUUACUGCGUCAUUUUCAAAAAAAACCUUAUCAAAGAAAAUAUGAAGAAGAUGAAAUGAAUUUCGCUUUAGAUGAUAAACAAGGUAUACGUCAAGAUACUAUUCAUAUUGUCACGGAUGAUAUGUUUGAAAAACUUGGGUAUUCUUAUGCCUUUGCUCAAUGUGUGAAACUCGCUUAUUUUGAAUCCAAUGUUGACGAGACAAUUGAAAGAACCCGAGCCAUACCAGAAAGUCUUGCGGUCACUGGAAAAGUCAAUUCGACGCGGAAAGAUAUUAGUCGUCGUAUAGGAGAAUUAUUUACAAGUCGUUUUUAUAUUAAUCUUCAUACAGAUAUUUUAGAUACUCCUGAUAUAUUUUGGGAUUUUGAUGAAUACGCCCAUCACUACUCAUCAUGCAGACGUUAUUUGGAAAUACCUAAGAGAGUGGAAAUUUUAAAUCAGCGACUUGACAUUAUUAAAGAUUUAUAUGAUAUGCUUAAUGAUGAGUUAACAAUUCAGCAUGGUCAUCGGUUAGAAUGGAUUGUCAUUUAUUUAAUUUGCAUUGAAGUGGCUAUUGAAAUCAUCUGGAAAAUUAUUAUAAAAGAUAUUCUUAAAUUAGUAUGAUUUCAAUCCUGCAUUGGAAGUUUUUUUUUCGAUAGUGGUAAAGAGCGCAGGCGCUUCCAUUGACCUAACCUGUGGAGUUUCCGACGUCUUUCCAUACAUUCGUUUAUAUUAAAAAAUAUUUUUAUAUGAAAAAACCUGGUCUUGCUGUAUGUGACACGCAUUUUUUUUACUUGUCGUUAUUAUUAAAGUUAAUAAAUAAUAUCAUAAUUUCUAAUUCU